AUGGCCUCAGGUUACCUGCUUGCUAUUUACUUCUUGGUUGUUGCUUUUGCCGGGCUUCAACUCAAGCACAAAAUCACGGCCUUCAAGUCUCCCCUAAGCAAGGUCCCAGGGCCUUGGUAUGCCCCUCUUACGACACUGCACUUGCAAUACCUCUUUUCCACCGGCACCAUCUGGAAGCUGGUAGAAAGGAGCCAUGCCAAGUAUGGGUCGAUCGUCCGCCUGGGCCCUCGCCAGGUCUGGAUUUCGGACAAGGAGGCCAUGAAGGAGAUCUUGGUGAAGACCGAUCUCCCCAAAGUGGCCAUGUAUGCCGAGAUCUCUCGAGACAAGUUUAGCCCGGGCUUGUUCGGUGAAAUUCGACCGGAGCCGCACAAGCGCCUCAAGCGCUUUUUGUCCCCCGCCUUCACCGUCAACUACAUCGACAACCUCGAGACUUUCUUCAAGACCACCGUCCGCGAUGUGCUCAACAAAUACCAAACGCAGAUCAACGAGGACCCCGUGUACUACGCGAAGGAGGGCUUCGAGGUCGAUCUGAUGGACGACCUUCACAAUGUUGCUCUGGACAUUAUGGGAGAGAGUUCCUUCGGGAAGGGGUUUGGACAGACGAACCCAAACAGCAUGAUCGAGGACGGCGUGGACGAGCGAAUCUGGAAGUCCAUCCCCCGCUCCAUCUUCGACGGUCUCAGCAAGCGUUACCAGACGGUGUACGUCAAAAAGUUCUUCCGGUCGUUCGGCAUCGACAUCAAAUUCGAUUGGCCGGCAGAGAUGAUCACGGCCAUCGACGCCGUCGUCCAGCGCCGCAAACGCACCUCGGAGGUCGAGCGCCGCGACCUCCUCCAGCACCUCAUCGAGGAGGGUAAGAAGCCCGACACCGGCACCACCAUGUCGGCCCGCGACAUCGUCGACCAGAUGGCCGAAGUGCUCCUCGCCGGCUCCGAGACCACGUCCGGCACCAUCGGCUGCCUCUUCCUCGAGCUCGCUCGCAACCCGGACGUCCGCGCCAAGCUCCUGGCCACGCUGCCCUCCAAAGGCUUCGCCGACGAGAUCGUGACGAGCAAGUCGGUCCGCAGCGAGGCCCAGUACGAGUACCUCGAGGCCUGCAUCAAGGAGAACCUCCGCCUGCACCCGAUCGCCUCGGAGAUGGGCCGCAGGACGGGGAACCAAUGGGUCAAGCUGUGCGGCUACGACCUGCCCCCCCACACCGUCGUCUCGGCCUCGUACCGCGACCUGCACCGCAACGAGGACUACUGGCCCCAGGCCGAGCGGUUCUGGCCCGAGAGAUGGCUCUCCGAGGACAAGAGGGAGGGCGCCCCUGCCCCCGACUUCGCAUGGGCUGAGAUGAGAAUGGUGGCCGCGAACCUGCUUCAGAGGUUCGAUGUACUCGAGGUCCCUGGCCAGGAAAUCGACUUCCGCCAGUACAUCACGAUGCAGUUCGCAACCGGGCAUUGGAAGGUGAUGCUGAGGCCAAGAAGCUAA